AUGUUGGAGAAAAGAUUUGACGUCAGUGCAUUCUUGUUGUUUGUUGGAGUUAAAAAUAUAAAAGAAGAAUAUCAUGUUGAAGGCCGCGCCAAUAAAACAAAAACCAGUCAAAUCACGAUAAAUAACAUUAGCAACGCCGACGGUCACGUCAAACAAGGAGACAGAACAACGACAUCAACAUCAACCAACAUCAACAACAACAACCGCAACACCAUCAACAUCAAAUACAACAACAACAUCAACAUCAAAUACAACAACAACAACAGCAUCAACUUCUGCACCAUCAACAUCAACAACACAACAACAUGCACGCAGAUGGCAAGUGAUGUAAGAAUAUCGAACAACGACUCUUCAAUUGAACAACAAUCAAUAUGUUGCGUCAUCAGCAUCGUCACCAACGACCCAUCAACGACUCGAACGCCUGCAACAUGUAGACCCAACACAACACAAAAUUAA